CAGAAAUGAUUUGCACACACUUUCAAGGUCUUUUCACGUCGCAUUACAAGCCUAUACGAAUGUUUUGCUCGAUUCUUUAAUAUUUUAACAUCCCCAAUCCCUCGUUCUUUCCAUUCCGGGCUAGUGUCAUGCUGACCAAUAAUAUACCGAAAUAACUUUGCUCUCCUGAGAAAAUAAACAUACAAAAGAUAAAGUUUCAUCAUUGAAUGUUUAAAUAAAAGUUUCAGCAUUUCUUCCUUACAAUUUAACCAUCUCUUCUUCGUUUUCUUCAAAAGUCUUCACAUCAACUUUCGCCAAAGUGACAACCGGUUCAAAGUGGAUUUCAGGCGACGACGGUGUAGUAUCUUCACAGCUAUGUACCUUUAAACAACGAAAAAGAUAUCAACGUUUUUCUCAUUUUGUUAUUUUUGCAAAAAAUCAUAAAGUCGAAAUAACAUAGAAAACACAGACUAACUUGGUCUGCAGACAUAAUGAAGGAUUACUCGAGAUUGAAAAGGAUUAAGUUUGCUUUCUUUUUGGGAUAAAUAUUUUAUUUCUCCGGCUUUCUUGAGAAAUUUUUGUAUUUCCCGAGCUUUGGCGCCACCAAAUUUGAGAUGUCCAGCGGUUGGGUCCUCGGUGCUUCAUGUAGGAGUACAUAAACCAACGUAAACGUGGUUCUUUCAGACGCCAUCUUGAAUUGGACAAGGAGUGGUGUUUUGUGGUGUUUAAUUUUGUUUGUUUAUUUCGUGUUGUUUUUGUUUUGAGUUGCCAGAAAACAAAAUGGGAAUUCUAGAAAGGAUUGCCGAAAUUGAAAAUGAGGUGUGUGUUCAUUUUGUACUGAGGAAUCACUGUUUUAUUAUCGAACAUUUUUAGGGUUUUUUUUAUGAAUUUGAUAUUUAUAAAGUUGUUUUAUACCUUAAUGUUUUCAAAACUGAGUGAUUAUUGAUAAUGAUUAGACAUCCAAGGAUAUCCUAGAUAGAGUAAAAGUUCUACGCUUCUAGUAUAACUAACACAGUCUAUAAAUUAAUAUAGUUAAGCACUUUAGUUAAUUAUUAAUUUACUAAUUUUAAUAUUGAUACAAAAGGACAGUAACUCCAAAUAACAUUCUGUAGCUUUAUUGAAUCUACGUUUCGACUAUAUUUUAGACAGAUGAUGAUGACUAAAAUAUAGUCGAAACGUAGAUUCAAUAAAGCUACAAAAUGUUAUUUGGAGUUACUAUCCUUUUGUAUUUUAUAAAAAUACUCAGUGGUUCCCGUAGCUAUUAAUAUUGAUGGUAAUUUAUAUUGUGGUAUAUUUAUUAAAGGGUCCAAGCCACUUUAUCUCUGAUCAUUACGUAGUGGUGUUUCCUAAAUCUAAUGCAAUGAAUCUCUCUUUGAAAGUGAUAAAAAAAUAAACUGAUACUUUGUCACUUUUUAUCUUAUGCUCCCUUUAAAUGCAUGUCAUAUUUAGAUGGCCAAAACACAGAAAAACAAAAACACAGCAAACCAUCUGGGUUUACUCAAAGCUCGGUUGGCAAAAUUACGCCGAGAACUGAUCACACCGAAAGGAUCGGGUGGAGGACCUGCCGCAGAAGGUAUCGAAGUUUAUAAACGUUGGUUUGUUGAUUAGUUCAUUAGAAUUGAAAAAGAUAUUUAUACUUGAUUUUAAAUGCAAUUUAUAGGUUUUGAUGUUGCCAAAACUGGCGAUGCAAGGGUCGGUUUUGUAGGCUUUCCAUCAGUUGGUAAAUCAACUUUGCUUACGAAUCUUGCUGGAGUAUAUUCUGAAGUGGCUGCUUACGAGUUUACUACUUUGACAACUGUACCAGGUGUGCUAUGGAAGCUGCUUAUUUUACCUGCUGUGCAUUGGAGUGUACUCGCCAUGAAGUCUCGGUCCAUACACACUUAUUUGCUCCCGCCAUCUGAAGACUCUCUCCAACUCAAUGAAAAAUCUACGCACACCCAUGAGACCAUGUGAAGGCAUUAUGACCCCCUACUGAAUGAAGCCUUUGUCACGAUUCCCUUAAUGCUCUCUCCCUCCCCCCACUUUAGACACUGCCCACAACAACCCAAAAUUACCCUGCCCUUUGUCCACACACCCUCUUGUCCACACACUGAAACCCACAUAUACUGUACCCCCUUUGUAACACCCAAUGCCUCCAGUUACCUCCUGAACCCUCUCAAUUCCCCUAAGUUAGACCUCUUCACACUUUCACAGUUACAGCCCCUAUUAACCUUUCCUGAGUUACAUUGCAAACAUCAGGGCAAAAAAGUCAAUAAAGGCUUACACUAUCAAAGUUUCUGUGAUCACAGUAGGAAUUUUGCAUUAGGUAAGUUUUUGAAGGAUUUGUGAGAAAUGUUUGAGGGACUGUCUCUGUGUUUAAAGAAUUUACCCAUGCAAAAUUCCUACUGGUGAUCACAGAAACUUUGAUAGUAUAAACCACUGUAACUAAACCAAACUAAAGUCUCACUUGACCAAAGCUUAAUGUUAAUUGUCCAGGAGUGAUCCGUUACAAAGGAGCCAAGAUCCAGCUGCUUGAUCUACCUGGAAUUAUUGAAGGAGCUAAAGACGGCAAAGGAAGAGGGCGACAAGUUAUCGCUGGUAUUUAAUUAAAAGAAAGUUAGAGAAUGAUAGUUCAUAAAACACUUUGCUAAAAGAAGAAAAAAUACUCUCAACUGUCUAGUGAAGUUUCUCAGAUUUUUUACUUAAUUUAUUAGUUGCGCGGACGUGCAGUCUUAUUUUCAUUGUUCUUGACGUCCUUAAACCACUUGGUCACAAGAAACUGAUUGAAUAUGAGAUGGAAGGAUUUGGAAUAAGGUAUUUAUGUUAGACUGAGGCUCUUGAUGACAUGACCUACCUUGGUUUUCAUUUUAUCAUCUGCUACCUUUUCGUUCUGUUGUUAAUUUUCCCCCAUUGUUUUUAACUCAUUCUUAGCAGUCCUACAGUGAAACUUUGUAAUAUGUACUGUAUACCCUUCAAAAAUUUUUUUUCUGAUCUGCCAAAUAGAUUGAACAAAACGCCACCAAAUAUCGCUUUCAGAAAGAAAGAAAAAGGCGGUAUUAACUUUCAAACUACAGUAAGUUCUUCGCAACUGCGCAACUAAUAGUAUUUGUUGAUUAAGAUUUAUUAAGGCUAGAUAACUUUCCCAUAGCGGCAUGAAAAAGCACCUAUCUGUUACGGAAUGUACAACUUUCAGAAGCUGAGCGAAACAACAUCUCUCUGUUGCAAUAAUUCCUCUGAAAAUAGCGUUCCUAAAAGGUACGGAUAGAUGUUUUUUCACGUCGCUACGGAAACCUAUCUGGUUCAGUGGAAACUUUGCCUAAGAUAAGUAGAUAACGUGAUACGAGCAAUAAAACAUACAACACUGUCACACGUUAGUGAGAAUUGUCUGCGUGUAAUCGUGUAUAGCCGUGUGAGAUGCUGCAUGCGUUGAAUCCAUUUUAAUUUGUCGUGUUGUUUAGUGUGUUCAAUCCGAGCUGGACAUUGAAACAGUGAGGACAGUCUUGAGCGAAUACAGAAUUGCUAACGCUGACAUCACUGUGAGAGAGGAUGCCACAGUCGACGACCUCAUUGAUGCUGUUGAAGGGAAUAGGUAAAGUUUGAAACUGUCUGUUCUCACACCCGGAAAAACUGUUUAACAUGUUCCUCGGAUCACAUUUUACAAAAUUUUCUUUCUGCGGAAAAUUCGCCUGUUUGGCAAUGGAUCUUAACCCUUGGGGUUUAAAACGCCACAGAACUUAUAUUAAAUGUGUUCAAUGUUUUUAAUUUUUUAGAGUGUAUAUACCGUGUAUAUAUUUGUUGAACAAAAUUGAUCAAAUUUCUAUCGAGGUUAGCACAUCUUUAGAUUUUACUAAAACUGCAUGGUUGCGUUCCAAUGAAAUGAAACAUUUUUCUGUUAUAACUUAGGAGCUGGAUAUCAUCUAUAAAAUACCGCACUGUGUGCCUAUAUCCGCGCAUCAUAAGUGGAACUUUGACGAUCUUCUGGAAAAGCUUUGGGAUUACCUUAACCUGACACGAGUGUAAGUACAAAGAUACAGCAUGGAUGGGUUUCACAAAACACUAUGUUGUGCUGCAGAUGGUAGUCAAGCCUAUAGUAUAUUCAAGAUUUUGUUGGCAUCACACUCGAUUGAAUGAUAGUUGCAGGGGCUUGUAGAUGAAAUUAUCGAGUGGAAAUUUAUAAUUAUAGAUUUUUUAAGGGCGCGAAUUAUCGCACCCUAAGUCAUUUAUAUUCUUGUAUUUGAUAGUAAAUAUUAAAUACUGUACUGUUUAUUGCUCUCUUGGCCCAGUGGCCUCGUUUUCAUGUAGUUUUGUGCACAGUAGGGUUAAGGAUAGGCUUGUAAUUGGGAUCAAGAUCAAAGAGAAACAAUAAGAGUGGAGGUUCAAUGUGAGCUUCUCUUGAGUGUCAAUACUGUUUUUGAAUAGCUGGAGGGUUAGUGUCGUAACUUACUAUGUGACUACUCACCUUCCAGCUAUUCAAAAACAGCAUUGACACUCAAGAGAAGCUCAGAUUGAACCUCCACUCAUUGAGUGUGAGUGAGCUUUUAGAAUACGGGCGUAUAACAAGGCAAACAUGGAAACGAGGCGAUUGGAGCAAAAAUGCAAUAAAAUCUCUAAUAAGAGACGUAGUUUUAUUUUCUUCUUCCAUUAUAGGUAGCUAAUUUGUUCUUCCGUUGAAAUACCAUGUUUUUUUUUCAGAUAUACGAAACCAAAAGGUCAACUACCAGAUUAUAAUUCACCAGUCAUUCUUCGUGGUACGAUGACCACAGUUGAAGAUUUUUGUAAUCGACUACAUAGAUCCAUCAUCAAGGAAUUUAAACAGUAAGCCACAGUCAUUCUUGUUUUUCUAUCAAAUUCCUUUUUGGUGCAAAAUUAAAUACGAUAUUAACUCACUGAGCGCUAGUCCUCUCCCCUCGAGUCUUGACAAGCAAAAUCGUCAAAACCGUUUGGUCAAGUUUUUUUUUCAAUAUUUAUUCAGUGGUUUAGUUUGGGGCUCAUCAGUGAAACAUAAUCCACAGAAAGUGGGAAAGGAACAUCAACUCAAUGACGAAGAUGUUGUACAGAUUGUUAAAAGGUAAGAAUGUGUAUUUGAAUUAUUAAACCAUAAACUAAACUAACUUUAUUUAUACUGCAUGGAUAGCUCUAUCAGUUCCCUAGAGGUCCAGUAAGGACCAUCUCUUAUUGAUCCAGUGUUUCUAUAGGAGGAAACCUAAACUAAACUAACUUUAUUUAUACUAGAUAGCUCUAUCAGUUCUAAACUGUUCUCCCUAGAGGUCCAGUAAGGAUCGUCUCUUAUUGAUGAAGUGUUACUAAAGGAGGAAACCUAAACUAAAUUAACUUUAUUUCUGCUGGAUAGCUCUAUCAGUUCUAACAAUUAAAUUUCGCUAUUUUAAAGGGUCUGAAAUAUUGUUGCAAGUAAUCAUAAUGGAAAUGAGUGGAGAGAUAUCAGGCGUCAAAAUGAUAGGAAUUCAGCAACAAACUAUAUUACUGUAAAACAGUGGUGAACUAUGGUAUUGUAGUAUUACAUACUCUCGAUUGGAAACAUACAUUCUAUAACGGCGGGAAAACAAAGUGAGAGAAGAAUAACAACACUUUUGAAUAUUUUAUUUUUGUUUGUGUUGUCAAAGUAUUCACAACUUGCCACGCAAAAUAAAAAUGGUAUUUACUCUAAAUAGUUCAAUGGUCAUUUAUACAUUUAUAGUUAAUUACGAAUAUAUAUAUACUGUAAACAUUCAUUACGAUCCACGUUCACUCAAGCAAUCUUUGCAAACGCAACUUAUUGAAUCCAUUUCAGUGCUU